AUGCCAUGGAAAGCAUUGCCAUUCCCGGAUCGAGCUCGCGAGCGUACACUCAGCGAGAAAUUCAACGUCACAGGGAUACCAUGUUUGAUCGUCCUCUCCUCAACCUGUGAAGUUCUGACUUCGGAAGGUGUUGCUGAAAUCAGCGCAAGCGGUGCUGAUGCUAUUCGACGAUGGUCGCAAGGUAAGGCUUAUGAUACCAGUAAUACUCAUGGUUUCUAUCAACGAGAUCACUUGUAUGAUACCAGUAAUAUCAAUGGUUUCUAUCAACGAGAUCAAUAUUAUGAUGCCAAUAACACCGAUGGUUUCUAUCACUAUCAACAUUCGGGAUUUGGAAGUUCAGGACAAGCUGUUGAGUCUGGUGAGACUGUAACAGUCAAUACAUCGACUAUUUUUGAAACGAAUGAAUAUCUGGACAAAACAGCCACGAAUAUUUAUCGAUCUUCUAGUCCACAGGUUGUUCGAGAAGUAUUAACUCACGGUGAUCAUGGAGCUUACGGAUCACAUGAACAACUCAUUUGUGUUCGAUUUCUUCAACCACCAGAAGUUCCACCACCAGGACCACUGAUUAUCAGAGAAGUGCGUCCACCACAAGCAGCACCACCGCCAACACUUGUCAUAAACGAAUGUCCACCACUUCCUGAAAAACUACCUCCACUUAUCCUCCGUGAAGAACCACCAAUACCGCCACCAAUUAUUCCCAGUGAAACAAUUACUAAAUAUCUACCUGCCAUACCUGCUCCAGCACGAUCAGUUCUUAUCAAACGUUAUCCAGCUCUUCCAACAAGACCACGCGAUAUUUUAAUUGAGCGAUGGCUUCCCUAUGGGCCUCGACCUCAACGUGAAACAAUCACAUAUCCGGCUCCUCCUGCUAUAAGUUAUCCAGAGCCAUUUUUUAGGAUUAUCCAAUAUGAAGCUGGUCAUGCAUCCAUACAUCACCGAUUUGAAACUCUUUUUGCUCGUGAAAAUCCUGAAUAUUAUCGAACUCGUUAUGGGUCAUCACUUUUAGAUACAACAACACUUCUUCGACUGGCUCGUGAAGCUGGUGUUUCUGAAGAUUUAACACUCCCGCCAGCAGCACCACCACUAGUUCCAGGAUAUGGAGGUUUCGGUGGAACCCAUGAUUAUCAUAUGUAUGGAGGGGCGAAGGUUUCUUCAUCAGCUCCUAAAUUGGCAUGGGAUGAUUUCUUACAAGUCUUGCAAGUAUUCAUGUUAGGCAAUCACCAGGAACAAGAAUUAGACAUUAAACGCGCCUUCGACAUUCUCGACCAAUGCAGUAGAGGCCUCUACGGUCGGACAGUCAGUUUAGCAGACGGUCUGAUUUCACCCGAUGAACUCCGGGCCUUCUUGUCAAUCCUUACCGAUGAAUAUCGUGUUGAUCUUUGUGUUUUUCUGGCUGAUACAGAUGGAUCUGGCCAAAUCAGCUUGUCUGAAUUCACCCGAAUGGUCAAGUCGGGAUUGGCAAGAGACAUUAUUUGCGAAUGCAUAUAA